CUUUCGCUCUCCCUAUUCCGUUCUGGCAACCACCACCAUGAAAUUCUCUUAAAAUAGAAAACAAAGGACGAUUUUUUAUUCUUCUUCCUCGAAUUCGUUUUGUUUUGAGAAGAAAAAAAUGGUUUCUGUGGAAGAUUCGAACGCUAAUUCGAAUCGGUUUCCGUUGUCUAGAAACUUCUACACUCCAUCCUCCGCUUCCACCACCAAAAUCCACCGUCAUAUCGGCCGUUCCAUGCGCACCAUACGGUCCAACUUCAAUCAGACCGAUAACAGCUGCUGCUCCUUCACAAGCUCCGCCCCGGAGAAUUCUGGAUUCGUUUCCGAGAACCUGACGGAAUCUGUCAUCGAUAUGCGGCUCGGUGAACUCGCCGCGAAGAGAAACAGCAAGUCGGUGACGUCUGAGUCGGAAAACGAGGAGUUCUUGGAUAUUUCACAGGCUUUCAGUGAUUUCUCGGCUUGUAGCAGUGAUAUCUCCGGAGAGCUACAGAGGUUAGCGAGCUUACCUUCGCCUGAAAACGCGUUGAGAAAUGGUGCGGAGCCGGAGAUAGAGCCCGACGAGCCUUGUCACGGCUUUUUACAGAGAGAGGAGUUCUCUGCUGAAAUUAUUGAGAGUAUUUCGCCGGAGGAUCUCCAACCGACUGUCAAGAUCUGCAUUGACGGCCUGCUCUCUUCGUCCAUUGCGGUGAAGCGAUCCGCCGCGGCGAAGUUGAGGUUGUUAGCCAAAAACCGCUCGGAUAAUCGGGCGUUGAUCGGGGAAUCCGGUGCAGUUCCUGCUCUAAUUCCGCUUCUGCGGAACAGCGAUCCUUUGACUCAGGAGCACGCCGUCACGGCGUUGCUUAACAUCUCCCUCUAUGAAGGCAACAAAACCUUGAUCGCAAAUGCCGGAGCUAUAAAGUCUUUAGUCUAUGUUCUCAAGACUGGAACUGAAACUUCGAAGCAAAAUGCGGCGUGUGCGCUUAUGAGUUUGGCUUUGAUUGAAGAAAACAAGAGUUCGAUCGGAGCAUGCGGGGCAAUCCCACCGCUGGUGUCGCUUCUAAUGAACGGGUCAAACAGGGGGAAGAAGGAUGCACUGACGACGCUGUAUAAACUGUGUUCGUUGAGGCAGAACAAGGAGAGGGCUGUGAGCGCUGGGGCGGUGAGGCCACUUGUGGGAAUGGUGGCGGAGCAGGGGACUGGGAUGGCAGAGAAGGCGAUGGUGGUCCUCAGCAGCCUGGCUGCCGUCGAAGAGGGGAGGGAAGCGAUCGUAGAGGAAGGGGGAAUUGCUGCUCUCGUGGAGGCAAUUGAAGAUGGCUCUGUGAAGGGGAAGGAAUUUGCAGUGUUGACCCUGUUGCAGCUGUGUGCUGAUAGCCUUAGCAAUCGUGGAUUGCUAGUCAGGGAAGGCGGGAUCCCUCCCCUCGUCGCCUUAUCUCAGACUGGCAGCAUUAAGGCUAAGAAUAAGGCUGAAACACUUCUUGGGUACCUGAGAGAACCAAGACAAGAGGCCUCUUCAUCCAGUCCUUGGAGGGAUGUAGUCUAAAUACUCAGAGAGGUGACUAUAUUAGGUUGUUGGUUGGUUUAUAUGUAUAUAUAGGGGAUGUUCUUUUAUGUACAGUGUGGGAGAUAAAUUUGAGGAGAGUGAUUGUAGAAGUAAAAAAAAAAAAUUAAAAAGGGAAUUAGGGAAGCCUAGGGUGCAAGAGACUGACCUUUUACCAUUUUAGAUGGAUCAUUUUAACUAGGUCCGGGUCAUUUUUGUUCCUUCAUUUUGACAUGUAUUUCUGGGGCGAAAUGUGUGUGGUUUUGGUUGAUGAUAUUUGGGUUAUUUCCCCAUGUUUUCUUUAGGUGACCCAAAUUCUAUUAUAUGGGUCUAAUGACUACUACUGAUUGUCUGCUUUUUUAAUUAGUAACUAUGGAAAUCAUGCAGAUAUACUCCUAGCAUUUUGUUUU